GAACUACUGCCUCUCCUGAAGAAAUCAGCUGCAACAACACAUAAUUCGUAGUUGACAUACUUGGUAGUGCUGUGGUGGUGCUAUGCGAAAAGUCUCCAGCUUUCGACAAGACUGUGUUUGUGAGUAACUAAUUUCGAUUUUGGCAUAUUGUUAAUGCGUUACACUUGACUUGAAACGAGUCGGACAACCACCAAGUACAGUGUAUCUGGCCUUGAUGUACAAGUGAUCUGAAUUGUUUGCAUUCGUUGAAGCACCCAGAGGUACUCCCCAAUUUGAAGAAGAACAAUUUGUUUCUAAGGUAUUUCUUUGGGUUGCCAUCAUGUUUGUUUGUUGGCUUCUUAUGGCAUAACAUUGAUAAAUGAACAGUGAUGUUAUCUUGCAUCCACUUUGUACAUAUUUUCAAUCUUUAGUGUUACAGUUUAUUUUUAUAUUCUUUUUCUGCACGAGAAGGGUAACAAUCUCGUUCCACAGUGAGGUUUGGAAUAAAGACUGCACACCAGAUGAUUAACUUGCAUUCUUUAUAAUACUGUGUGUAGAGGUGGCAGAUUGUGUAGUGUUUCAGGAAUAGUAACAAACUGUGGGGUGAUAUAAUUUGAGUAAAAUGAAAUGUCUGUACCUUUCACAAAGACAUCCGCAAUUAAUUUCAGCAUUGGUGCUUUGAAUGGGACUAUGAUCUAGUGUGUCUGCAUUAUAGACUAUAGUGUAAUAACCUUGCUAUUGUUGCAUGUAGUGAAUGAAUUUUCUAAAUUUGACAUGGUAUGAACCUAUUGCUUAUGGAUAACAUUGUAAAACUAUGUAAAAUUUUGUUCUCAGCUCUGAUGUAAAAUAUUAUUGCAUUAAAAUACACCAAAUUCGAAAAUGGAAAUGUUGCAGAAGAACAAAACAAUGAAUAAUUGUUGUAUAAAUGUUUUCCUUUCCUUGGAAAAGUCUUUUGAGUUUAUUCCAUUGUCAGAAUUUUUUAUUGUUGUUAACCAUUUUCUCUAUUUGUGACCAGGUUUUGAGUUCAGUUGAGCAGCAGAUCUUACUUGUGUUCAUUUUCUUCUUCAGUUUUUUAUCAGUCACUUUCUGAGAUUCCCAAUGGAAAUAAAAAUAUUAAUGCUAAGUGUCUACUUAAUUCUUAUAACAUCUUCACUAAAUUUACAUGUGUGAUAAAUAAUCAUCAGUAUGGAAAAUGUAGUAUUUUACUACAUUAUGAUCAUUUUCAAAAUCGUGAAUACUCAAUUUCAAUGUUUGCAUUUCUGAUCUUCUCAAUAUUUAGUUUUGGGGGUCUAAACUAAUCACAUUUUUGCUCAUUAUGGUGAAGAACAGCCUAAAUUUAUUUUCUGUGAGUCAAUUUUUAAAACUUCUGUUCAUGUCUUAUAAUAGAUUAAUGCCAAUGAAUUGCUGGCAGUUAAUAUUGAAAUUAAUUCAUUCUUUCUGUAAUACAAAUCAACUUUCAACUUUAUUUCCACAAGGCUUUGACAAGGAACGUAAAAGGUCAAACACACAACUUAUAGUAAUGCACUAAUUAUCACAAUUCAGACAGCAUUCCAGCAUUAUUGAAGCUAACUUUGAUAGUUUUGAGAUUAAUAUGGACACUGAGUAGGCUCAUGACUAGGGCUGUGAUUUAUAUGCAUUUUAAGCUAUUUUUAUUUCGCAUAUAUAACCAUAAUUAGAUAUUUGGGCCAUAUUUGCAUAUUUUUGUUGCAUGUUCACCCCUCAUCCGCGAAAAGAAGCCCAAAAUUUACACUUCGUCAAUGUGUAAGCGGUUUUGACAGUUCUCACCACUUGCUAUGGUACACCAUAUGACUGGCUCUGAAGUAAUGGCCUCCCGUGGAUUUGUUUAUGUUGCCAUGGCCACGGAUCAGCGUUGCUGCUUGCCUCACUCAUACAAAGUCACUUGAGAAGCACGCUAAGACCCAACAUUAGCAGUAUCAGUCGAAAUAAAAUAUGUAUCCGCCGAGCGCUUAUACAUGCCCAUACGCCACAAAGUGCAGUGGAGUUAAGAGUCAGACCUGUGAAUUGUGAGGAAGUAUUUUAAUUGCGUGUUCUAUAUUUUUUUUUAUUUUGUGAAAUGUAAAUUAACUGCAUUUCCCAUUAUUUUCCUCAGAAAUGAGUGUUCUUCAAAAUUAAGCCCUUACUUCAUGUUUUUUGCUUGAAACAAUUUAUAUGAUUUCUCUAUCUUUUUUUGCUGUAAAGUUAUUUUCCACAUUACACUUAUUAUUUAUUUUUAUACAUAUUACAUUACUCUAUUUCGCAUAUUUUCCUUUUUUAAUUGCAUGUAUUACCAUAUAUAUUUACAUAUAUAUGCGCAUGUUUUUAUUUGCAUAUAAAUCACAACCCUACUCAUAACUAAUUGGUUGCACACAGAAUAAAACCAAAUAUAAAUUUAAUUCUUGUCUAAAAACGGCCAAGGAUAAUUAGUGUAGUCAAUUAAAUUGUGUGCGUGUUUGAAGAGAAAUGAAACGUGUAGUGGUAUUCUCAAGGACAACAUUGAAAUGGGUGGGUUCGUUGAAAGGGUUACAUAACUUUCAAAUGAAGCAUUUCUCUAUGUUGCUAAACUUCAAUCACUUCAAAUCACUUCAGUAAUAUCUAGUGUGUAUAAGCUUUUAUGAAAACAAUUGUUUUGUAUGCUUAUGUGUAGUGUUAAUAAGAAAUGUUACAUAAUAUACACAAAUUAUAGGAGCAAAAUUUGUUACCUUAUUUUAUUACUCUUAAGUCAAAGAAUACUUUAUAAUUCAUAGUGGUGACUGAUGGUUAUAUCAAAAAAAGGUGAUUGUUGAAAAAUUUCCAACAUUCCAAUAGUAACAAAUAUUAGUGUUAAAGAGUACUGUUAGGAAUAUAUUUUGCAAUUGCAUAUUUCAAAAAUCUUAACCUCUGAAGCUACCUAUUUCUGAUCUGAUAGUGAAAUGGUUUGGCUAAUUACCGUUACUUUUUUUGAGUCCUCCUUUUUAAAAGGAAGUUACGCCAAAAAGGACCAGUUUGACAGUUCAGGAAACAAAUAAACAUUGUGUUGGACAAUGACAUUGCAAGAGGUGUGCCAACUGAAAAUUAAUGGAUUGACAACUUGAAUGUGUGGACAUAAUGUGCAAUUAUAUUGCCAAUAGUAGCUGUCAAAGU